UUAGUGCUGUUGAGAACCUGCCAAAUUUGCGCAUAAAGAAAAAUCGUCAUUAGUUCACAAAAAUCGCCAAAUCGUCAUGGUAGUAAAAAAUCUUCAAAAUGACGACGUAUACUGUGAUGACGACCAAAUUUCUACCUGGCAACACUGGUCACAACGCAGCUGAUUGCUUUGACGUUUUCAGAACAACAAAAAAUAAGUUUACUUCUUCAGUUGUCAUGUCGCUGGGCCCAUUUUUACGAACACCAUUUACCGAUUUAACCGGCUGUUUGAUUAAUCAUCAGACAUACGAAAAAUGCGGCAAGAUGGAAAUGGAAAUGAUGGAUUGCCUUGAAGCUUAUGGUGUUGAACGGGGCCAGAAGAUGUGUGCCGAUAUUAUUGCAGAUUUCAGUGAAUGCGUCGGAGUACGCAAGCAACUGCUGAGGUUCCACGCAAUGCGUGCAGAACGUCUCAAACAAUACUACUUUGGUGAUCGCAAAAAGCAAGAACUGUUUGCAGAUCCUCCGAGAGUAGAUGCUUUCUAAUGACAUAUAAUUUGACAUUUUUCCUGCUACAUAAACCCAUUUUGAAUUAAAUAGUAAGCCAGCAUUAAUUAUGUAUGUCUUAAAACUUUGCCAAUAAAAUGUGUAAAUCUAAUACUGAA